AUGGCAGAGAGAAAGGACCUCGAAGUAAAAAAAGGAACAGAGAAAAAGCAAUUAUCCGAGCUCCUCCAAGAAACCCAGUCUCGAGAUCCAGGUCGUACCCAGCAUCUCCUCUCUCCUACAUGCGUCCAUGAGGAACCGAAGCUCUUCCCUGCUGCUGCUGCUGCUGCUGCGUUGCCGGUUGUUGUUUUUUUCCUUCUGGUUGACAUCAAAAUCAAAAUCAAAAAAAAAUACUCGAUGGUGUUGAGAUCCCGUGACGUCCUUUUUUUUGAGGCCAAAAUAAAGAACUGCGAAGUAAAAGACGACGGCGACGACGACGACGAUAUCAAGAGUCGACGGGGGGGAAAACAAGAAGAGCGGACAGAGAGCGAGCAAAAGGAGAUAAUGAUCAAGACGAUGUCGCAUGCCCCGGAGGUCGACGUCGAGGAUGAGCCUUCCGGCAACCCCUUUGGCCGGCUAUCGAAUCCGUUCCGCAUCAAACCAGUGAACGUCACCAAGGAUCGUGACGACUGCAUGCUAAUAUAUAUAACCUACGUGGCUGGCAGACAGGUAGCGUCGAAGAAGAGGGUGGUCUUUACACAGCCUAUCUUCGGGGCCCUAUUGCUGGAGAACAGCGCAUCAGAUGCACGAGACCACUGUGCCAACGAGCGGACGUUCCUAGCAUGGCUCCGGCUAUCCAUGUACCUCUCGAUAGUGUCGAGUGCUAUCGUCCUAUCCUUCCAUCUCCGAGCCCAGCCGACGGCCCUGGAGCGUAACUACGCUCUCCCGCUGGGGAUACUGUUCUGGGUGCUCUCUAUCGGGACCAUAAUCAGCGGAGUUGCAAACUACAUUCACACGCUGGCCAAGUAUAGUCGGCGUGCUGCGCUGGUACAGAGUGGCUGGAAGACACAGGUUAUCUUCUGCAUCGUCGCUAUUGUUAUUAUCGGAACCUGCGUUCUCUUUUUGAGUACUAACAGGAGGUAG